AAACCAUAGAGCUAAACUAAGCGGUAAAAGUACUGAAAGUGCGUUAAAUCUUGCUAUAGACGAAGGGUUGGUGAAUAUAACCAAUUUGUUUUUGAAAUGUUCGAGUCGCUACGUAAAUAAGGAUAAUGUUGAUGGAUUUGUGAGUGGACUUAAGAGUGGUGCAUUUGUGUUGGGUGCGUUAAAUCCUUCUUGGAAAGAUUUGACUGAUAAAGUUCUGCAUUGCAUUAGAGAAGUCAAUAGUGAUAUGUUGAUGGAAAUAUUAAACUCGAAUCAGCUGGAGGAUGUUUCUCGCACGCUGACGGACCUGUGUGCCGGCACGUCGUUUGGGCAGACCUUACAUCAGAGAAUAAGGAGCGAUGUUUGUGAACCAAUAAGGAGAGCGACGGAUAUAGUUCUACAACAUAGCGGUCAUAAUGAAAACUUGAUGGCUCUGGCAGAGAUUUUGCCGCAUCACCUCCCUGAUAUAGUAAACUUUGUUUUUGGUAAGAAUUAACUUAUCAAUUUACUGACCGCUGUUUAGAUACGAAAAGAUCUCGGUACAAAACUUAUUCUUGUACAGGUCGGGCAGACCUCUUUAUACUUAUGCUAGGAUUUAUAUUAAGAGCUAGAUCAUUUUAUUCAGUUGCAAUAGAGAUAAGACCUUGUAAAAUAUGUUUUCGAUAUAUUUACGUUUUUUUUUUCGACCGACAUAGUGGUGCAUUGUUAUAAAGAAGAUUUUCAUAAUUUCACGGGUUAUUCGACGUUUUUUUAGUAUGACAGUUGAGGAAAACAUAAAAGUGAUUUAAUUUAACUUACACUAUCUGGACAUGCUAAUAAAACGUGUCCAGUUGACGAAAGAAUUAAUUAAAUUAAUUUUGAGUUUCACCAACUGAUCACACGUGUGUCCAGCAUCGCGUGACCAGCUGACGAAUAACCCAAUUUCACUACUUAGUCCAGGUACUAAAGUAUAGUAUAGGUAUCUUAUAACUUUUGUUGCUUUACUUUAUUUCUAGCAUAAAAUUGUCUCCAACUAGUUCAUCCGUAAUCACUGUUUAUAGUUCCUAAGCCAUAUUUUAAAUACUCAAUGCUGCAAACAGAUCAAAUUUCACAUAUUUUACGUUUAAUGUUUAAUUAUAGUCAGUCAUUUAAUUUUACUUGUUUUGGACUGAAUCCUAGUCUACGUUGUUCUAUUGAUUUAAUAUUUUCUGUUUUUUAACGUAUUUUUUUAAUACUUAGUUGUAUUCAGAGCAUAAUAAUAGAAUAUUAAGAAUCAUUAGUCGUAUUUUAUUGUUGCAAUAGUGGAUUAUUUUGACUACAACUAUUUUAGUUUUAGACUACUAUUUUAGUUAAUAAAAAAGUAUAUAGAUAAUAAUAUUCCACACAAUGCCAUCUAAUCUCAAAUUAAUCAAAGCUUGUUUUAAGUACCUACUAGAAAACUGAUAAACACAGCCAUGUAUUUCAAAAAACAUACGAAAUAUAUAUUAUUGCAU